AUGUCAGCCAGAAAGGGCUAUCUGCUCCCUUCGCCAAAUUAUCCCACAACAAUGUCAUGCUCGGAGAGCCCCGCCGCGAACUCUUUUUUGGUGGACUCUCUCAUCAGCUCCGGCAGAGUCGAGGCUGGCGGUGGUGGCGGCGGCGCGGGGGGCGGCGGCUACUUCGCCCACGGCGGAGUCUACCUGCAGCCGGCCGCCGACCUGCCCUACGGGCUGCAGAGCUGCGGGCUCUUCCCGGCUCUGGGAGGCAAGCGCAAUGAAGCAGCGUCGCCGGGCGGCGGCGGCGGCGGCGGCGGCAGCGGGGGCCUGGGUCCCGGGACGCACGGCUACCCGCCCGCGCCUAUAGACCUGUGGCUGGAUGCGCCACGGUCUUGCCGGAUGGAGCCGCCCGAGGGGCCGCCGCCACCGCAGCAGCCCCAGCAGCAGCCGCCGCCGCCCCCGCCGCAACCACCCCAGCCCCCGCCGCAGGCCACUUCGUGCUCUUUCGCGCAGAACAUCAAAGAGGAGAGCUCCUACUGCCUCUACGACUCGGCGGACAAAUGCCCCAAAGGCUCGGCCGCCGCUGCCGAGCUGGCCCCCUUCCCGAGGGGCCCACCACCCGACGGCUGCGCCCUGGGCACCUCCAGCGGGGUGCCAGUGCCCGGCUACUUCCGCCUCUCCCAGGCCUAUGGCACGGCCAAGGGAUACGGCGGCGGCGGCGGCGGCGGCGGCGCGCAGCAUCUCGGCGCCGGCCCGUUCCCCUCUCAGCCCCCUGGGCGCGGCUUCGACCCGCCACCUGUGCUUGCCUCCGGCUCGGCGGAUGCAGCCCGGAAGGAGCGAGCCCUCGAUUCGCCGCCGCCCCCUACGCUGACUUGUGGUGGCGGCGGCGGGGGCUCGCAGGGCGACGAGGAGGCGCACGCGUCGUCCUCGGCCGCGGAGGAGCUCUCCCCGGCCCCUUCCGAGAGCAGCAAAGCCUCGCCCGAGAAGGACUCCCUGGGCAAUACCAAAGGCGAAAACGCAGCCAACUGGCUCACUGCAAAGAGCGGCCGGAAGAAGCGUUGCCCGUACACGAAGCACCAGACGCUGGAGCUGGAGAAGGAGUUUCUGUUCAACAUGUACCUUACUCGAGAGCGGCGCCUAGAGAUCAGCCGCAGCGUCCACCUCACGGACAGACAAGUUAAAAUCUGGUUUCAGAACCGCAGGAUGAAACUGAAGAAAAUGAACCGAGAAAACCGGAUCCGGGAGCUGACAGCCAACUUUAAUUUUUCCUGA